CAGGGACGCGGUGCAGACGGAGACCGAGAGCGGAGACCGACAGCGCAACAUGCAGAGCGACAACAUGGCGAGCGCAAUGGAACAGCUGGUGAUCGACGCGUCCAUCGCGGCGAAGGCCCAGCCCGUUCGGUGCGAAACGUGUUCCGGCGCGGAGGGAAGCCGCUGAAUCUGAAGCCGACAAAGGGCCCGGCGCCAACGAGGGAUCCAAAGAAGCCGCUGAAUCUGAAGCUGACAAAGGGCCCGACGCCAGUGAGGGACCCCAAGAGUGCCGCGCGUGCGACGGCGGCGACGCGCCGCUGAGCCACCAAGAGGUGGGCCAGCGUAAGGACCUCUGGUUCGCCGACGAGUACGCUCCCGGGGCGCCGUUCUUCUUGCCCGCGGGCGCGCACGUGUACAACAAGCUCGUCGAGUUGAUGCGGAAGGAGUGCUGGAAGGAGGGCUACAGCGAGGUCCUCUCGCCGCAGAUGUUGUCGGCCCGCAUCUUCGAGAAGAGCGGCCACAUCGCCCACUACGAGGCCGACAUGUUCCUGUGGGACCACGAGGGGCAGCGCGUCGGCCUCAAGCCGAUGAGCUGCCCGUGCCACUGCGUCAUGUUCAACCGCGGCGGCGCCGUGUCGUACAAGAGCCUGCCCAUCCGCCUCUCCGAGUUCGGCGUGGUGCACCGCAACGAGUGCCGCGGCAGCCUGAGCGGCCUGCGCCGCGUGGUGCGCUUCUGCCAGGACGACGCGCACAUCUUCUGCUCGGAGGAGCAAGUGGCGGCCGAGGUGCUCGGCGUGCUGCGGCUGCAGCGGCGCGUGUACCGCAAGCUCGGCCUCAAGGCGUCCUUCGAGCUUGCCUCGCGCCCUGCCAAGGCGCUCGGCGACGGCAACGACGAGCUGUGGGAGCUGGCCGAGCGCGCGCUCCGCGAGGCGCUCCGCGACUUUGCGGGCGACGAGUGGAGCGUGGACGAGGGCGGCGGCGCCUUUUACGGGCCGAAGAUCGAUUGCAAAGUGCAGGACGCGGCGGGCCGCUGGCUGCAGCUCGCGUCGGUGCAGCUCGACUUUCAGAUGCCGCGCCGCUUCGGCCUCCUCUUCGUCGACGCCGGCGGGCGGCGCCGCGCCCCGGUGAUGAUCCACCGCGCGGUGCUCGGAUCGAUUGAGCGGAUGAUGGCCGUGCUCUCGGAGCGCUACCAGGGACGCUGGCCCUUUUGGCUGUCGCCGCGGCAGGUGCUGGUCGUGCCGGUGCACGCCGGCGACGAGGCCCAGCGCGCCGCGGUGGCGGAGGUGCACGCCGCGCUGCGCGGCGACGGUUUCGCGGUGGAGCUCGACGUGAGCGACGGCGACCUGCGCUACAAGAUCAAGGAGAGCCAGCGGCGCUGCUUCAACUACGUCGCGGUGGUCGGCGCGCGCGAGGCGGCGGCGGGGGCGGUCAGCCUGCGCGCGCUCGGCGAGAAGAAGAGCCGCAACGUGCCGCUGGCCGAGCUGCGCGCGCACUUCGCGCAGAUGGCGUCGCUCGACAACUGAGGGCUUGAGUGCGACAUGGGGUGCGAGAGUGCGAGUGCCGAGGGCUGAGGGUUGAGGGGGGCUCGGGGUACGGGUGGCAUUCCUCUUCGGGGGGCGGCGCCUUCUUCUAGGCGCCCUUGACCCAACAUAGAGGGCGUUGUGGGCGGCUAGCUUUUGGUAUAAUAUAAAAAAGAACAGUCAGG